AUGGAUUUUGAAACAAUAUUGGCAUCCGUUGCAGGUGCAGUUGGAAGCAAAAUUGUUUUCCAUCCUCUUGAUACUAUUCGAACUCUUCAACAAACAUCGACCAAUUUUUCCUAUAGACUUCCUCUACGUCGAUACUGGAGUGGUCUAGGGGCUUCUGUCGCACUAACCACACCUGCUUUUACAACAUAUAUGGUUGCGUAUAGACAGUCAAAACGCGAGCUCACACCAUAUUUUGGGUCUGAUUCCAUGACGAACUAUAUUAUCAGCGGGACAAAUGCUGAGUUAGCCAGUAGUUUUAUUUGGACACCAAUGGAGGUAGUAAAGGGACGAAUGCAAAUUUCAAAAUCAGGAACAUCAACAUUCAAGCUUUUAAAGUCGAUAUAUGCUACCGAAGGUAUAAAGGGGUUUUUUCGUGGUUAUUGGAUUGGAAUCGCGGUUUUUGUUCCCCAUUCUAUUGUUUGGUGGGCCACCUAUGAAAAGGCCAAAACUUUUCUUGUGAACAAUAUGUUACCACCUAAUUCAACAUAUGCUGAUUUAUCUCCAGGUUUAAUCGCCUGCGCAAGUGUUGUAGGCACUGUAAGUGCCGCUACUGCAGCAAACUUUUUAGAUGUUGUUAAAACACGUCAACAACUUGCUGUUUCAGACGAAAUAAAAAACAUUCGUCCCGAUGAUGCAAAAGGCGUUAUAACUGUGGCUAAAAAUCUUAUUAAAGAGGUAGGUUUGUUUAGGGCCAUGGUGAAAGGCUUACAUAUUCGCUUGAUGCAUGCAUUGCCUUCAGGUGUUUUAUCAAUGGUAAUUGUUGAGACACUCAAUCCAGACAUUAAUAUUAAAAGCUCUGAGGGGAAGGAGUUUGAAGAAGAGGAACAAAUAUUAGGGUAA